GAUGAGUAUGUGGACGACAGACGGCCUGAGGCGGGGCCUUGGGUUCGAGGCCGCCAGCCACUGACCAGCUCGGGCCUCAGUUUCCUUCCCGCGAAGAUCGAGGGGCAUCUGGCGCACUGGAAAUCACGUGGUCAAGUGGUUGAGCCUUGUGGCCAGACAAGAGGCCCCUGCCUGCCCCUAGGAAGCUCUGCUGUUUCUUAUGGAGCCAUGAAGCUGAACGAGAGGAGUGUGGCCCACUAUGCACUGAGCAACUCCCCAGCAGACCACAGGGGCUUCCUGCGCACCUGGGGGGGCCCAGGGACGCCACCCACCCCCAGUGGCACUGGCCGAAGGUGCUGGUUUGUCCUCAAGGGCAACCUGCUGUUCUCCUUUGAGAGUCGAGAGGCCCGGGCCCCUCUGGGGCUGGUGGUGCUGGAGGGCUGCACGGUGGAACUGGCCGAGGCUCCCGUGCCCGAGGAGUUUGCCUUCACCAUCUGCUUCAACGCCCCUGGUGUGCGUCCGUACCUGCUUGCUGCUGAUGGACCGGCAGCCCAGGAGGCCUGGGUGAAGGCGCUGUCCCGGGCAAGCUUUGGCUACAUGCGCCUGGUGGUGCGUGAGCUGGAGAACCAGUUGCGUGAUGCCCGCCAGAGCCUGGCCUUGCAUCGCCACUCAUCCUGGAAGGCCGUUGCCAGCCCCUGUAAGACCCAGCCUCCUGACCAGCUGUCUCGGGGCCUGGAGAACGGCCACACCCUCUCCAGGGAGCACAGCCCUAUGGGCUUGGUGGAAGCAGCGGGCAGCAGGCCAGCAGGGCGGAGCUUGGCAGAAUGUGAGUUGCAGGGCCCUGCCAGCCUCCUCCUAGGCAGGGGCCAGAGCCCCGUGUCCCCUGAGACCUCUUGCUUCUCUACCCUGCACGACUGGUACGGCCAGGAGAUCCUGGAGCUGAGGCGGGGGUGGCAGCAGAGGGCCCGGGGGAGCCAGCCCAAAUGUGAGCAACAGGAUAAGCCCUGAACCUGGACCCUUUGGGUUCUGCCCUUGUCCUGCUGGUCAGGACACCAGGGCCAAUUCUUUUUUUUAGGAGUUUGAUGUUUACUUAUUUCCAAAGUUGCUUUUUUUGAGGGGGUUCUCCAGGUUCCAGAUCCACCCUCAUACCUGGAGAGAACUGAGGAAUCAUUACUUGUAACCCCUUUAUUUCCUGAGGCCCAGAGAGCAAAGGUGGCUUGCUCAGCAGUCAAGGGGGUGCCCAAGUCUCCUGACACUGCGGGGGACUGCCCCUCUCUUAGGGGAUGUGAAUGAAAUGGAGAAAGUAGGGAAUAUUACGUGCCUACAGGCCAUCUUGCCUUUCACCUACAGGCCAGACUCAGCCACAGUUCCCAGCAUGGGACGUUUUGUGUACAUUUAAAAACGAGAAGUUGGCUUCAGACUGACAGUAUCCUAGAAAGUGGAUUUAUUACAUCCUGGGGUUUCUGGGGCUACGCUCUCCUGAGUGGUGGGGAGACGGGGCAUGUGACCCCCAUCUACAGUCUGGGAGGGUCCUUUGGUGGGAGAGGGCCUCCUGCCAACACAGAGGGAUGUACUCUGCUCAGAAAGUGCUGGAGUCCCGUCCUCUCUCUCCUUCUGGCUAUCCUGGCAACAGGCGGCGCUGGAUGCUGACCCAGGAGGCACUGGUAGCUUUUAUGGCAGCAGAAAUCCUGACUGCAUUCGGUACGCAGCUGCAGGCUCCUGGGGCUGCCCAGAGGGAGGCUGAAGAGGUGGGCAGGCAGUGUGGCUCCCCAGGGAAAGCCUGUCCGUUUUGUGUGGUUCUCAGUCCUGGGCAUUCUAGGAGCUUGGGCACAGGCCUGCUGGUACCUGCCUGACUCCCAAAGAGGUGUUCCAGCUCCCGAAACCACCUGGGAACUUGUUCACAGUCCUGCUUGUCACCCAGUGGGCACCUGCCAAGACCCUCUCAUUGCCACGCUCACUAGCAGGCCAAAUGUUUUCUUUUUCAAUUAUUCUGGGAGGCAAAGUGGCUGGCUCUAUAGAGCCAGAGGCCUGACUAGGCUGAUGCCCUAUGGGCAUGGUGGCAGGGGCUAGAUGGGAAAUGCAGGGACUGCGCAGAGAACACCCCCACCCCCAAUACACACCAUCUGCCCUUAGCUUCUAUCACUGGGGCCUCGGCAGCCUGACCAAGGCCCAACUAGCCCUAGAGCAGUGGUUCCCAACUUUUUCUUGGCCGUGCCCCCCCUAAGCAUCUCUAAAGUCCUGAUGCCCCCCUCCCUGUGACAGAAUUCUUAUUUUUCAAAAAGUGAACUCCUAUGCACGUGGAGGAAGCCUAAAAGGCCACUAACUUGAUCUAAACAGGCUUCCAAAGAACAUGGCAUCAUGAAAGAAAAAAAUAAAAGAACGAAAGGACAGUAGACAUACUGAGGAAGAAAUUACUAAGAAAUUAUUAAAAAAAUAAUAUGAAGUGAUAUGAAAAAAUAGCAAAUAAAAGUUUCAAAACAUAAUAGAGAACUGAAAUGCAUAAAUAUGUCACAAUAUAUAUUUAUAGACUGUAUAUGAGGUCCCUAGAACCAUAAGAAAUGCACAAAAUUCACUGAUAAUAACUCUCGAAUUGCCCCCCUUAAAAAUCAAAUUGCCCCCCUGUGGGGCGUGUGCCCCGCGUUGGGAACCACUGGCCUAGAGGCUGAGGCUCAGAGCCUCUACUAGGAAGGCCAGGAGGCUGAAAUGCGGGCCCAGGGGCCAGGACCUGUUCCUGCCCGACUAGUUUCCCAAGAGGAGGGGCCGCCUUCCCAGCCCUAAGCGGAAGCUCCACAGCCUGGUUUUGUAUAGACAUUCCAGGCCUCUGUCUUUCUUAUUGUUACAGUAAUUUUUGUACGAUUAAAACACUACGUUCUUUACGCCUCA